UAACAAUCUGCCUGGAGUUGAACCAGGAACCUGGUGUUUCUGUACUGUCUGCAAUACCGAUACUGUUCUAUGUGAGAAGACAGCUAAGGCCUGGGUUCUCUCCUAUUGCUAUCUUUGUAAUUGCACAUAGGCAUGGCUUGUUUCACCUGUUGCCAUUCUGGCUACAGGUGAUUUGUGUAAAUCAUUAGUCUAGCUAUAAAACCCUUACUGUCUGUUUCUGACAGACCUAGACCUGUGACCUAUACUAUGUUCCUAAACUCCUGAUUUUGUACUGCUCUGCCUGAUUGGUAUUGACCCAGCCUGUCCCUCGCCCAUGCUCCUUUUUCUCCAUUCAUCCUGCACAUGUUUGGUUCCUUGUCUGCCUAGAACUCUCGUCUUGGUCCUCUCACUAUAAGACAGCAUCCAAGUUGUGGAGGGCUCCUCUUGAAGCAAAAGGUGCAGUUAUAGGCAGAGGGGAGUGCUCUGAGUUUGGGAUACUUUACAUUACAUAUGCAUUCUGAAGAUUAUCACACAGCAAGAUCUUUCUGGAGCAAUUACCCUGGUUCUUCAAAAACUGGGAAGAACAAUAGAAACUAAAGAUGACAUGUUUGAGCAGUGUGCAUAUCAUUUUAACCAGCAACAGAAUGAAGGAAAUAGAUUAUACAAAGAUUUGAAGGCAGUCUUUAGUGCUGUGAAAGCAAUGCAUGAAAGUUCCAAGAGAUUAUCUGAAACACUGCAUGUCAUUUACAAACCAGACUGGGAUGGAUACAGUGAUCUACGACCAAUUGUGGAGAACGAUGACCUUCUCUGGAAUGACUAUGAGGAAAAAAUGUCUGAUCAAGUGGUGCGGAUCAUGGAUAAUUACAUGGCCCAGUUCCCUGAGUACAGGGAGAGGAUUGCCAAACGAGGAAGAAAGAUGGUAGAUUAUGACAGUGCCAGACACCAUCUGGAAGCAUUGCAGAAUGCCAAAAAGAAAGAUGAUGGGAAGAUAACUAAGGCCGAGGAGGAAUUUAAUAAGGCACAGAGGAUAUUUGAAGAUUUAAACAAGGAACUACGAGAAGAGCUGCCAGUUCUCUACAACAGCCGAGUAGGAUGCUAUGUGACUAUAUUAAAGAAUAUUUCAAAUCUGAGAGACGUUUUCUACAAAGAGAUGAGCAAGCUGAAUCAUGACCUCUAUGAUGUGAUGGGCAAACUAGAAAAGCAGCAUUCAAACAAAGUCUUUGUCAUUAAGGGAGUAAAGAGUAACAGAAAAUCUCUGGUGAUUUCAUCUCCUAUAAGCUCUACAAAUUCCUUUUUCAUGGCUUCAGUAGAUCCAGAAGCAAGCACUCCUAACAUUAAUACAAAGUCAAUAAGUCACACAUGUGACAACAGUUCAUUCUCAUCCAGUUCCAGUGAAAAUCAAGAUUCCGUCUCUAUGGAUGGAAACUCCACCCAGAGUUUAGAGAAUUCAUCUCAAGAGACACCACAUGAACAUCCUCAGUGUUUGUCGUAUAAUUCUGGUAUAGAGAACUCAGAUGUAAUUGAACAAGAGAAAACUAUAAGCUCUAUGGAUCCUACGGUGGGGGACAUAAGCGACACACAAAGACAACAAGAAGAUGCAAAAAUGGAAAAAUCUGAGGAAGAAUCUCAAGCUAGUUUAAAUAAAGUAACAGAAGAAAGUACAGCUGAUAUAGAAGAGGAUAACUCAGGAUUCCCAUCUCAAAAGGGUUUAGACGGACACAUGAAAAGGAAUUUAGAAGCUUCAGAAGGUACAGAAACUAGUUUAUGCAGAUUAAUCAAGGAUGAUGACCAAAAGGAUACAAACAAUAAAGAGUCAAAUGAUGCAAAACCAAGGGAAUUAUUUGAAAAGACACAGGCGGAUUCACAGGAUGAAACACAUGACAAUAAUCGAGAUUUUUCCAAGAAUUUAACAGGCCAAAAGAAUAUGUCAGGAAUCAUAAUACAGGGUGGUACAGAAGACUCCACACAGAUAAAAACAGCAAGCUCAGGAGACAUAAUUAAGAAUGAGUUAGGGGACAUAACACAAAGCAGUGUGGACAUUAAACAGCAAGAUCAAUGUGAAAAGGCACAUUCAAAAGAUAGCACACAUGAGGCCUCACUAGGUUGGACAAUGGGUAGCUCUUCAGAUAAUACGGUGAUGACAUCAAAAAAUGAAUCAAUAGAAGUAACUGAAGACCAAAAAAUGGCUCCAGAGAGUGAAUCCGUUUCCAGUGCUGACAUGGAACAUGGAAAAGCUAAAAGCAAAAUAGCAGAAGUACCACACCCUACCCCUCUAAAUGCAGGUGCUGGCUUAAGCGAUGGAACUCAUGAAAGUGACCUGAAUCUCAGUGUAGACAGUUCCCACCAGAUGUCUUUGGAUUGUAAUACCUCAGCUGAAAAACAGUUGCAUGAUCCUUCUAAAGAAUUAGAAUGUACAGCUGGAGAAUAUUAACAAUCAAGACUAUAAAGAGGACAUCAAGGACAGUAAGAAAGAUGGAGGCACAUUUCUUUGAAGAAUAUGGAACCUACACCUGUUUUUAUGCUUCAUACUGUAGAUAUGUAAGAUACAAUGCAUGUACAGUGAUACCAUUGGUGGUAAAUUAUAUUGUAGGUAAAGUGAGGCAAUAACUUCUGCCCAGAAUAUCAGUUAUAGCAGCAAAUGUUUGUGUUUGUGCAUAUAAGUAUUUUUCAGUAAAUAAGCUUUUUAUUUCUACAUAUAACUGGUUGCAAACAGGAUUUUCCAGCUACUUAUUGGUAUUGUUAUUAUAUUAUGUAAGAAAUAUUUGCUCUGCUACGUGUUUCUGAUUGUCUGGCACCUAUUACAGCUGCAGAACUUACUAGCACGUUAAACUUAAAUAAACGCUUGUGAGAAUA